UUGCUGUCACGGCCCCAGCCGCCCUCAGUGAGAGGCUCCUUCCUAUUGGGCCGCCCUUCACACGUGACUCCACACUGGCGGGUUGAAGCGACAAGGAGCGCGCAGGAGGUUGGAGUGGGCGCUUUCUGAUGACAUAGAAAGCGCUUAGUCCUGUGGCUCUCAUGGCCUCCGUGGUGCUCAGCGAGGCGGAGAAGGUCUACGUCAUUCACGGCGUCCAGGAGGAUCUUCGGGUUGAUGGCCGUGGCUGUGAAGAUUACAGGUGUAUUGAAGUGGAAACAGAUGUAGUAUCGAAUACAAGUGGAUCUGCUAGAGUAAAACUUGGUCACACAGAUAUCCUAGUUGGAGUCAAAGCAGAAAUGGGAGCGCCAAAGUUGGAUAAACCAAAUGAAGGCUACUUGGAAUUCUUCGUUGAUUGUUCAGCAAAUGCUACUCCAGAGUUUGAAGGCCGGGGUGGAGAGGAGCUCGGCACUGAAAUAGCAAACACUCUCUACAGAAUAUUUCACAAUGAGAGCAGUAUUGACUUGAAGUUGCUUUGCAUUAGUCCCAGAGAGCACUGCUGGGUGCUUUACGUUGAUGUCUUGCUACUGGAGUGUGGUGGCAACUUGUUUGAUGCCAUUUCAAUUGCAGUGAAGGCAGCACUAUUUCAUACCAGGAUACCCAAAGUACGUGUUUUGAAUGAAGAAGGCACGCGGGAAAUCGAGCUCUCUGAUGACCCCUAUGACUGUAUUCGACUUAAUGUGGAUAAUGUCCCCUGCAUUGUGACACUAAGCAAAAUUGGUUAUAGGCAUUUAGUAGAUGCCACCCUUCAGGAGGAAGCCUGUUCCUUGGCUAGCCUCCUCAUUUCUGUGACCAGUGGAGGUGCUCUAACCUGUAUGAAAAAAAUUGGAAGAGGAAGCCUUGAUCCAGAAAGCAUAUUUGAGAUGAUGGAGACAGGAAAGAGGGUGGGCAAGUUAUUGCAUAUCUCCUUGCAAGCUACCUUAGACAAAGAAGAGAGUCUUGGAGCAUCACGAAAAAAGGUUGGAUUCCUCGGAUGAGCUCCAUCAUUACAUUGAUCUGGUCGAACAACAAUCAAGGGGUGUGGUUAUUUUUCCUGUUUGUUGCAUUAUUGUUUUGUUUUGUUUUUUUACAAAGAUAAAUAUAUAUUCCUAAAUAAAGUCACAUCUUUUGUA